CACUGGCCGGGGGGGAAACACCGCAAAGCGACGGGAGGAAGAAACUUUCUGUCAAGGCAUCAAAUGGAAGAAGUGCCUGAGGGAAUAUUUUGUCACUGAUGAGAGCUGACGCCUGAUUUAUUCAGAUUAUAAGUCGCUGAUACGAGUCACAGCGCGGUUUUUGGACCAGAAACCUCAUGCGGCGAUGAAGUUGUGUUAUCCUCUGGUCUGAGUUCAGUUUUUCCAUCAGUGUUUUGUAAUGUGUUGAGCCGUGCGCGACUGAUGCGCAACAGGAGGCUGCGUCAUCACCCCGGAUUGGUGUAAUUUCCCCUCCGGACGCACCUGGUGAACUUCCAGGCAGAGAUGUCGCACAGCUCCUAUGCCAGGAUGUGGGCAGCGGCCCACGGGGCGCUGGAGGACCUCCUGCUGGACGAGUUCCCUGCGACGGCUCCGCGGCCGCAGAAAGACGCCUUCCAGAUCUUCCAGGGCCUCGCCACCUUCUACCUCAAGUACCUGCGUAUCUUCCGCAGCCUGGAGGCCGUGUACGACCAGCUCGUCCACCCGCAGAAGAGGCGCGUGGUGCGGCACGUCCUGGACGGGGUGAUGGGGCGGCUGCUGGAGCUGAGGAACGAGAUGGUGGAGCUGGAGAUGUCCGAGUUUCACUACUUCGACGACGUGCUGCAAGACCUCAAGAUGACACCUGAGGACCUUGAAAUUCCCAUCCCACGCUAUUUUCUGAGGGAGAAGAUGCACGUUUUAAAAGAGAGGCAGAGGAUGCUCGCUCACAUUCUGGCUAAAGGCGGCCUCAUUGAGCAAGAGCCGGUGUUCAUCCAGACCAUGCAUUUGGAGGAGGCGGUGCGAAUCCUGCAGGUUUGUGAGCGUGCCCGUCAGGGUCGCCUCCGGGCCCAGUUCAUGAAGGAGAUCCGGCAGGCGGAGAGGGAAGGCCUGGGAAAGAGACGACCACCCAGCGCCUUGAACCCCGAACAGGCGGCAACCCGGAUCCAGAAGGUGUGGCGAGGCCACAGCCAGAGGAAGAGAACGAAAAGAGAGCGGCUUGAGGAAAUGAUAUUCCUGGGCAUGUUGCCUGCAGAGUCAUCCAAACCCAGUGCGGCUCACCUCCGGGCCCAGCGGGUUGAAGCCCAUCGCCAGCUGGUUCAGGAACAGAACGAAUCUGAGUACCAGCAGGCCCUGCUCAGCGUCAAGAAGUCUGUUCAGGUCGCCGAGGGGCCCGACAUCAGGGAGACUCUGCAGGAACAGAUCCGACAGUGGUUCCUUGAAUGCAGGGAUGCCACAGGGAAGUUCCCGGACUUUCCCAGCACUGAGGACGGAGGAUCAGCUUCCAUUUUUGCUGAGAAGACACCUGAGCAGGUUGCAGCCGAGCUCGCGGCAAAGGAAGAGGAGAAGGAGAAGAGGAGGAAAAGCAAAGGGAAGAAAGACAAGAAAGGCGGGAAGGAUGGCAAGGAGAAGAAAAAAGACAAAAGGGGGAAAAGCAAAGGAAAGAAGGGGAAAGGGGAGCCGGAGGAGGAGGAGAAGGGCUGGACGAUGCCUCCCAGCAGUUUCCUGCCCACUGUCAAGGAGGGAGCCAAAAUCUACCGAGAGGUGUGGCGGGGUCGUGAUGAGAGCCAGAACUUCCUGCAGCGAUUCGAUGCCGAGCUGGUCCGGGAGGAGAAGAGGCUCGAGGUGGAAGAGGAAGUCCGAGUUCAGGUGGACGAGCUGAUGAGGCACGAGCUGAGGAACCUCAAGCUGGUCGUCGACCGCGACAAAGGAAAGAAGAAGAAAAAGGCCAAGAAAGGAAGCAAGAAGAAGAAGAAGAAGAAAAGCAAGAAGAGCAGCAAGAAGAAGAAGAAGAAGAAAGAGAAGGAUCUGACAGCAGACAGGACGAUCGAGUCUCUGUAUGAGGAGCUGAUCCUGGAGGGCUUCAUCAUCCAGCCAAUGAACGUCAAGCUCUCCGACUACAUCGGUGAGUACAGCUACCUGGGCACCACCCUGCGCCAGGCCGACAUCGAGCCCAUGCCCUCUCUGUCCGACGUCCGCCAGCUCAUCGCCCUCCACGGCGUCCUGCCCCUGGGGUCCCAGGCGGUCCGUGAGAAGGCCCCGGUGGUCAACAGCCUGCUGCUGGCCGGGCCCGCCGGCGUGGGCAAGAAGAUGCUGGUUCACGCUCUGUGCGCCGAGACGGGAGCCAACCUGUUCAACCUGUCGCCGGGCAACCUGACGGGCAGGUACCCGGGGCGCGGCGGGCUGCAGUACCUGCUGCACAUGGUCCUCAAGGUGGCUCGCCAGCUGCAGCCGUCGGUGAUCUGGAUCCGAGACGCAGAGAAAACCUUCUACAAGAAAGUCCCGAGGACGGAGAGAGAGAUGGAGCCUAAGAGGCUGAAGAAAGACCUGGCGAGGGCUCUGAAGUCCCUGAGGCCCGAGGACCGCGUCCUGCUGGUGGGGACGAGCCGCCGGCCCUUCGACGCCGAGCUCAAGCCUUUCUGCAAAGUCUACAAGAAGAUCAUCCUCAUCCCCCGACCCGACUACGCCUCCAGGCUCGUCCUGUGGAGGGAGCUGCUGCGCGGCGGUGGGGCCGAGCCGCCUCCCGGCCUGGACCUGAGCUCUCUGGCCAAGGUGACGGACGGCUACACGCAGGGCCACAUCCAGCAGGCGGUGCGGGCCGUGCUCCACCCCCGCAGGCUGACCCAGCUCGCCGCCAAACCGCUCAGCGCCUCCGAGUUCGUCGGCCCUCUGGCCCGCCUGGACCCCGUCUUCAGGGAGGAGGAGGACGCCUUCAAGGUGUGGUACAGCAAGACGCCGCUGGGCAAGAGGAAGGCCCGCGCCACCAAGAGCCUGGAGGACAAAGCAGAGGAGGGGAAGAGGAAGAGCAAGGACACGAGGAAGAGCAAAGACGACAAGAGCAAAGUGAAGAAGAAGAAGACGAAGAAGAAAAAGUGAUUUUUAAAGCAAAAUGCUGCAAAAACAUCUCUAGUGUUAAUGUACAUUUCAGGAAAUGACCUCCUAAUGUUGUACGGAAGCUUUAAUCAAACUAAAUAAAUAAUAAGUUUGGUUGAAAACAA